CGGAUCGCCUGUUGCCCCCUAUGUCAUCACUCCUCGCGGGUCUGAUGUCUGCCGCGCGGCAGCCCUGGACCGAAUCGUGGCCAAGCUGGCUGCUGUUGCCGGGGACCUUCCUUGCUGGGGUUUGCUUUUCCCUGCUGGCCCUGCUGCUGUCGAUGCCCCUUGUGUCGGAUCCCUCCUACCGGGACACUGUGUCUCUGAUCUUCUCCAUCGCCUCGCAAACAUCCUCCUCGCUGGUGAUCGCUGCGGUUGUCUACUUCCUGGCAAGUAGCUACUUCAUGCCCGCUGUGUCCCGGCUGGGCGCCCCGUGCACCGCGACGACCCCUGUCUCCUCUCCUCCUGUGGCUGGGCUGCUUGACUCCCCGGGCGGAUCCCAAGCAAUGUCUCCUUCGUCUGGCUCUUCUUCUUCCUCGGGCUCGGUCGAUCUGCCGGCCGGCGGGCCGGUGGCCACCGCCGCGGAGCCCCUCCCCUCGAUCAAUGACCACGAUGCCUGGCGGCGGGACCCGGCCGAUCCGAUCACUCGGAUUCGGCCGUUGUUUGUGCCACUCAGCGAGACGUUCGAUCUAUCGGAGGCCCUUGGCUCCAAGGACCCCGGCCUGCCGGCUCCCCUGCCGGCGGUGGAUGCUCGUGUGGCCGACAUGCUGGAGAGCUCGUACAAUGGUCGGCGCGAGCUGCUGGCGUUAAUUUCCAAAGCCAAGGAGGGAUGGAUAACCAUCCUCGAGACCAGCAACUUGCGCGUUCUCCGGCGAAUCCCCUCCGCCACGGAUAAUGCCAAGAACAGUCAGUGCUAUCGGGUGGAUGCACUUCUUUCGAACACCACGCUCACCUGCUUUGAUUACAUGACCGACACUUCCCGGCGUGCCGAUUGGGAUGACAUGUGCCAGACGUCGCGCGUGGUCGAAACCCCUGGUCCAGGGCUGACCGUGGCCCAGGCGGUCACCCGGCCGGUGAUGCUGACCUCCUCGCGCGAGGCGGUCCUGCUGACCUGGAGUUCGCGUACGAAUGCCUGCUUCGAGUCGCCCUUCGGCGAUCCGCUCCUCGGCCCCUCCGACGCCCCGGAGGUGAUGGUCAAUGUCACCCAAAGCAUCGAUCACCCGGCAUGUCCCCCGGCCCCGGGGGUCAUUCGCCUGCAGGCCGGCGUGGCGGGGCUUGUGGCUCGGGACUACCCCAGUCGGCCGGGCUGGUGCGAGACGGUGCAGAUUCUGGGCGGCGACCCGGGUGGCUCGGUGCCGGUGUUUGUUUUGCAAUUUGUGGCCACCAAGGCCAUGCCGCGCAUGAUGCGGCGCCUGAGCGAGUGCGUCAAUCGCCAGUCGAAUAUCGAGACCCAGGCGCUGGCUUAUCGGCAGCAGGUCCUCGCGGCGGCGGCCCAGCAGCGGAGUCUUCGAUCGGCCGACACGUCGGGGCUUUCUUCCUCCACCUCCAGCGCGUCGACCUACACGGCCCCCUCGCUGUCGGGGCUCCUGACACAGAGCGGGCUCCAGAGCACCGAUCCGUCGUCCUCCCUGCUGGUUGACAUGCUGACCAGCAACUCCGGGGGGGGUGGCAUGUCGUCGUCGUCGUCGUCGGCUCCGAUGGGGACGGCCUUCGGUGCUGCCGCCGGUGGGCGCUACCUCUCAUCGGAGGGGGGGCCACACCACCGGGGCGGGCCAGGGGUCGGUGGUGGCUCGGCGCUGGUCCCUCCCGGCGGGGGCCUGGCCCCGGGGCAGGGCGUCUUCGUGUCGUCCAAGGCCGGAUCCGCCGGGGCCGCCGGGGCCGCGGGCGGCGUGAAUGCCGGCAGCGGCUCGAUCGCUCCGUUCGCCGUCAACCCGAACCUCCCGUUUUCCCGGGACACAGCCUUCUCAGCCGGGCCGGUGAACUCCCUGUCGUCGGUCCGGCGCGCGCUGGUUUUCGCCCAGCCCUUCGCCAUCGCGGUCAUCUAUGUCAUCAGCGUGCUGCGGGCGGUGUCGCUGCUGAAGCGCCUGCUGGCCACGCGCGGCCUGACGCCGGCCCUGGUGGCACGUUUCAUCGAGCCGCUGCUGUCUGCGGUCCGGAACAUCGGCGCAGCCCUGACGCCAAGCUCGCGACUCCGGCUGCGCGGCGGCUGAUGAUGCGCAUGGCCGGAGCGUCGACUUUUUGUUUGCCAUCCAAAGGAGGCACGCUGGCUGGCUGGGGGGGGGG